AGACAUGGCUAAACAGAAUUGCAACUGAAAGCUGAGGUUUUGAGAUGCAAGUUUUUAUAGCCUCAGAGGUUCUUAGAUCUAUGACAUAGAACUAUGUCAUAGAUCUAAGUCAUUGAUGAGGUCAUAGCUACAAUGAGCUCACUGUAGUUCUGGACAAUGUCUUGCUUCUGAUCGUUGCUAUAGCAACAGUCAGAUCAGUUCUGCAUGAUUGAAACUAUUAACCCUUUGCAACUGCUUGACUUCAUCAUUGGAGGCGCCAUGACGGACGUCGGCAGUGAAGGAUGGGAGAACUGAACAGAAGACGGAUUGAUCAGCAAGGAUGAGAUGGUGGCGUAUUUCCUCCGGGCCAACCCUCUGCUCCAGUGUAAGAUGGGACCAGGAUUCAUUCACAACUUUCAGGAGAUGACCUAUCUGAAGCCAACCUUCUGUGAACAUUGUGCUGGAUUUCUCUGGGGAAUCAUCAAGCAGGGAUACAAGUGCAAAGACUGUGGUGUUAACUGUCAUAAACAAUGUCGGGAACUGCUGGUUCUGGCCUGCAGGAAGCUGAUUGGCUCAGGCUCUGUAAGCAGCGGCUCUCCAGCCAGGCUGACCCACAGCUCUCUGCCCAACAGCCCAACGCUGCCCACCUGUAAAGGACAGCUGACUUGGCCACAACAAUGAAGGCCGGGAGCACAGGACCUCCAGGACCACCAGGACCACAGGGAGCAGGAGGUUCUUCUCACUGGGGAAGACCUUGGGAUGCUUCAAGUCCCCAUUCAGUGACUUGAAGUUAUCUCACCCUUUCUAGACCCCGGGUAGGCAUGUGGCUGCUACCAGGAGAAGCUCA